AUGGCUCAGUUGCCUCCAAAAGUGCCAAACAAUAUGACACCAAAUUGGCAAGUUUCUCACCAAAGACUACCAUCAAUGGAGUGUUUGGCAACAAACACCAACAACCUUAAUUCUUCAUGGGUUGAUGAAUUCCUCGACUUCUCGUCGGGGAAGCGUGGGUCCCACCGGAGAUCCGUCAGCGAUUCAAUUGCCUUCCUCGAGGCUCCGAUGGUGGAAGAAUGUCGACGGCCAUCGGAACAGGGAUCUGAGGCUACCAAUGAGUUUGAUCGGUUUGAUGAUGAGCAGUUCAUGUCUAUGUUCACCGACGAUAUUGCGAUGUCGGUGGGACCUACAUUGUCGUGCUCGAAUCCGUCUUCGCCGUCUGAUCAUAAUAGCAUUAAUGACGAUAAACAAACUCCGUCGGAACAGCUAAUGCAGCAGAUGAAGAUAGAAUCUGAUGAGGUGCAAAGCUCAUGCAAAUCUGACGGACAAGUUACUCCUCAGUCUGUGACAGACAAUUCCGGUGAUCGGGUCAUUGAUCCGAAAAGGAUCCGGAGAAUCUUGGCUAACAGACAAUCUGCGCAAAGAUCAAGGGUGAAAAAGUUACAAUACAUAUCCGAACUCGAACGCAGUGUUACCUCAUUACAAGCUGAAGUUGCAGUAUUGUCACCACGGGUUGCGUUUUUGGACCACCAACGCCUGGUGUUAAAUGUGGAUAAUAGUGUUCUUAAGCAAAGAAUCGCAGCUCUUGCCCAAGAUAAGAUUUUCAAAGAUGCUCAUCAAGAAGCACUCAAGAAGGAAAUAGAGAGACUGAGGCAAGUGUAUUACCAACAGAACCUAAAUAAGAUGGACAAUGCUACACCACCUCAAUCACAGCCACAAUCAUCUGUCUCCGAUGUCAAGGGUCCAAUGGAGAAGGAACAACUUGUUAACUGA